CUGCCGCUGCCGCCGCCUGACCUGCGUCGGGGCCCGCGUUCUCCGGCAUGAACCGACGCGCUUGCAGCGGGCUGCCCAGGCCGUCCCCCUGCCCCUGCGGCCUCGGCGCGCGGACGGUCGCGGACGCUUGUAAAGAAGAAAGCCCUAUUCUUUCCUUUAAAAUGAAGUGUUUUAAUUGCGACCCUGAUCUUUCUGAACUUGAAGUGGUAAAACCUGAGGACAGCGGGAGACAAGGUUCCUUCGACUCUGUGUGUUUGGAGCCGUCCUGUAAGGACUGCUUUAGAAACCAAGAAAGGCUAUCUUUUAUAGAGUCACCAAUUGUGGGACAUGAUAACAAGGAAAAUCAACGCAUACAGAAAAUACUCAAUAGUCCCGGUGACCUGGAAGAGCUGGAGGCCAGCAGACUGUAUGAAGACAGUGGCUAUUUGUCCUUUUCCCAUCAAAGUGGCCAUGAGGACGGCACCCUGAUUCUGGAGAACUUAAAGAACAGUCCCCAGCCCUGCCUCCCGGCAUCACAGAGCUCAGACCAGUAUCCCAGCAAAACCCUGCUGCCUGCCCUGCAUUUUGAAAGAGUAGUCUGCUCAACAUUAAAGAAGAAUUCCAAGCGAAACCCUAAAGUGGAUCGAGAAAUGCUGAAGGAAGUGAUCGCCAGUGGGAACUUUAGACUGCAAAAUAUAAUUGGCAAGAAAAUGGGUCUGGAGCACUUAGAUAUCCUCACUGAGCUCUCCCGGAGAGGAUUUAAACACCUUUUAGAUAAUAUUUUAACGAAGCUCAGUGACAUGGACUUAAUAAAUUUGUCUAAAGUGAGCAGAAUUUGGAAGAAGAUAUUAGAAAGCGAUAAAAGAGCGUUCCAGCUAUACAGCAAGGCCAUGCAGAGAAUCCUUGAAAACAGUAAGUUGUCACUACAUGCUUCAACCAGAGGAUACGUUGUGUGCAGAACUGCACUAACUUCUGUUCAAAAGUCAUCGACUUGGGCUCCUCCCAAAAAAGAUGCUCCAGCCAAGUUCCCCAGGCAGCGUGAUCAGAAAGGCUCUGCCUUCAGCCGGCACAGUGAGUUCCUCGAGAUGGCCAAGACAUUAAAAAACAACGAAGGCUUGAAGGCCUGUGUCCGCUGCAAUUUCCCUGCAAAAUAUGAUCACUACUUAGAGCGAGCUACCUGCAAACGGGAAAGCUGUGGAUUCGACUAUUGCACAAAGUGUCUGUGCGAUUAUCAUAACAACACCAAAGACUGUUCGAAUGGCAAGCUCCUAAAAGCAAGCUGUAAAAUGACGGGCCCGUUGCCUGGAACUAAAAAGAGUAAAAAGAAUUUACAAAGAUUGUGACCCUUAGUAAAUCAGUUAUAGGCAAUCUUAAUUUCUACUUUUUAAGAAAUGUUAGGUUUUAACUUCAGAAGGUUAAAAAAAAAAAUGUAUGGUGCCUUUUGCCCCUUUGUGAAUAGAGGACAUGUAUAGCCUCUUAAAAUAAUUACAGUUUAAAGUUAAAUUAAAUUUGUCCAUACAAAUGCAAAUACUUAACUCUUUUAAGAAAAAGAGAAACUGGACGUCUAUUUGUACUUAGAUGGUAAAUUAAGAUUGAUUGGAUUUUAUGGCAAGCAGAGGCUGUAAUUCUAUGGAGUCUUUAAAACAGAUGUGGUUCGGUAUUAGCAGCAUCUGCAGGCUUUACCACAUUUCCCUUGUGUCCACGUCAAUUUAAGUGUCCAUUUAAAUGUCUGUCCGUGUGAGCCUUCUUGGGUUGUAUCUGUUGUAAUGUUUGUUUCUGAAGUCUGUCUCAAUGUUUUUAUACCUGUAAAUAUUUCUGUUUUUACAAUGCCAAAGAGAAUAAAUAU